GAUUUAGGAGUCCAGGCCCCAGCCUCUCCUCUCUCAGACCCAGGAAUCCAGGCCGCCAGCCUCCUACCCUCUCAGAACUAAAGUCUUGGCCCCCAGCCCCUUACAUUUCAGAUCUUAGAAUCUUAGCACCGGCUCCCUCCUCUCCUUAGCCUCAAGAGUCUGAGUUGCCAGCCCUUCCUCCCUAAGAUUUCAUGUUCAGCCCCUUCCGCCCCUCCUCACUCACACCCAGCGUUCCAGUUCCCAGAAGCUCCCUAGGCUCCAGUGCAGGAGGAGGAGGAGCUACAGGCGGGGCGUCCCAGUUAAAAGCCUCCAGACUCGAGUACUGUACCGAGCAGAGAGAACUGAAGUACUGGGGCCUCCUCCACUGGGUCCGAAUCAGUAGGUGACCCCGCCCCCUGGAUUCUGGAAGACCUCACCAUGGGACGCCCCCCACCUCGUGCAGCCCUGACGUGGAUGUUCCUGCUCUUGCUGGGGAAAAGCUGGGCAGGACACUCCAGGGCACAGGAGAACAAGGUGCUGGGGGGUCAGGAGUGCCAACCCCAUUCGCAGCCUUGGCAGGCGGCCUUGUUCCAGGGCGAGCAACUGCUCUGUGGCGGUGUCCUUAUAGGUCGCAACUGGGUCGUCACGGCUGCCCACUGUAAAAAAUCGAAAUACACAGUACGCCUGGGAGACCAUAGCCUACAGAAAAAGGAUGGGCCAGAGCAAGAAAUAGCUGUGGUUCAGUCCAUCCCACACCCCUGCUACAACAGUAGCGAUGUGGAGGAGCACAACCAUGAUCUGAUGCUUCUGCAACUGCGUGACCAGGCAUCCCUGGGCUCCAAAGUGAAGCCCAUCACCCUGGCAGACCACUGCAUCCAAGCUGGCCAGAAGUGCACCAUCUCAGGCUGGGGCACUAUCACCAGUCCCCAAGAGAAUUUUCCUGACACUCUCAACUGUGCAGAAGUAAAAAUCUUUCCCCAGAAGGAGUGUGAGGAUGCCUACCCAGGGCAGAUCACAGAUGCCAUGAUCUGUGCAGGCAAUAGCAAUGGGGCUGACACGUGCCAGGGUGAUUCUGGGGGUCCCCUGGUGUGUGAUGGUGCACUCCAGGGCAUCACCUCUUGGGGCUCAGACCCCUGUGGGAGACCCAACAGACCCGGGGUCUAUACCAACAUCUGCCGCUACCUGGACUGGAUCAAGAAGAUCAUGGGCAACAAGGGCUGAUUCUAGGAGAAGCACAGGAACUCCCUUAAUAAACUCACAACUAUAGAUGGC